ACCACUGUUCCUCUUCAGCUCUCGUUCGUACUUGUGUACAUUUACGCCGCCUAAUUUUCUCCCUCACGAAUAGUAGACAUUAGACAUGCCUUACGCUGCUGGUGACGCUGCCAAGGGUGCUGGUCUCUUCAAGACCCGCUGUGCCCAGUGUCACACUGUUGGUGCGGGCGAGCCUCACAAGGUUGGGCCCAACCUCCAUGGUGUCUUCGGCCGCAAGACUGGUCAGGCCGAGGGCUUCUCCUACACCGCUGCCAAUGUCAACAAGGGUAUCACCUGGGACGAGCAGACCCUCUUUGAGUACCUCGAGAACCCCAAAAAGUACAUCCCCGGUACCAAGAUGGCCUUCGCUGGUCUGAAGAAGGACAAGGACCGGAACGACCUCAUUACGUGGCUUAAGGAAGCGACCGCAUAAUCGGUUGUUCUCAUGGGCCUUCCCCGUCUACUUAUAUUUUAAUAUACACGAGCGUUCUACUGGUCACCAUAAUGUAGACGGCCACAACAUCGUGUCACUGGGUUCUGGAGCAUUUCACACAUACGGUAUCCCUACUCUUGGCAAUACGAUACUUUCCACAACAAUACCAGGUUUGUGGAUGUGUGAGUGCGAGUGCACCUGCUCGGUUGAGUUCAGGACAAGACACGUUUAGCAAGACUGUCCUGAAUGUUUGUUUCGUGAGUAGGGGGCUUAUCGAAGACUUUGGAGUCGUUUGCUUUAUGGUCUCGCUCGAGUUCGAUGUCUUUCGUUCAGGCCGACAAUGAUCAUCAUGACGUCACAGCAACUCCUGCAAACUUUACCGUCGCCGACAGAACAUACACGUGGCGCCCCAACGCCAUAUUCGUGCCUCGUUCUUCUCCCGGAUCUUCCCACGUCGCUCUAGGACAUUCGCUGCAUCUAGCAAAGUACCUCGGAUACUCUCAGCAGUCACAAAAAUUGAUACAUAACGGGAAGUAGAGUCCAUUCAAAACCUUCGAGGUCAAGGUCGAGGCAUUCGUCGCCAACGCAGUCAUCGCGGUCGCGGGCGAGAAAAAGGUGACUUUCCUGGUGGAGGCGACUUGUGUGACUAAUUGGGACCGGUGCGGGUGACCAGCAGGUUGGCAUCGAUAUAAGGAUUCUCUUCCCAUGGUGCGCUUCCAGUGAGCACUGCCCACUCAGGGCUGUUGCCCACCCGCGUCACCUCAUCUCUACGGUUGUCUUCGAUCCAAUUGCGGUGAAGACGCAUACUUCAUUCACUAUGUCGGUACCUCGAGCUUCCCUAGGUGGGAGAUGAUCAAAAGGACUCUGGUGGCGAUCCAAGCAACUCUUGCAAUUUUC